UAUAAUUUAUUCAACGCUCUUCUCAACCAUAUGCCGGGUGCUGGAGCCAAAAGACGAAAAGAAUCCGUUUUAUCAUCAUUGGAAAUGCUCUCGAUAAGAUCUCCAGAUUUAAGUCCAGAAGAAACGAGUGAUGCAGAUCACGAUGAUCAAACCGGGGGUGAACGAAAAUCGAAUCGAGUUCAUAUUAAUUGUCCAUUAACAAUUACAGACGUCGAUACUCUUAUAGAAACGUUCAAAACACGAAGGCACCACAGAUUACAUGCAAAAUACGUCGCCCAAAUUCUAAAAGAAUCCAUAGCAAAACUAAGAAAACUACCAAAUCUAAACAUCGCGACAACUUCAAUUUCAAAACAAAUUACGAUAUGUGGAGAUUUACAUGGAAAAUUGGAUGAUUUACUUGUUAUUUUGCACAAGAAUGGUCUUCCGUCCCAAGAAAAUCCUUACAUUUUCAAUGGGGAUUACGUCGAUAGAGGUAAAAAGGGAAUUGAAGUCCUCUUAUUACUUCUAGCAUGUUUUCUUGCAUUUCCUGGUGCUGUUUAUUUAAAUCGAGGUAAUCAUGAAGAUAAUGCAAUGAAUUCGAGAUAUGGAUUCACGAAAGAGGUGCAAAGCAAAUAUAGGGAAAACGCCGAGGUUCUGCUUCGAUUGAUCGAUGAGGUUUAUCGAUGGCUUCCAUUAGGAACUAUAAUUAAUAAUAAAAUUCUCGUCGUUCAUGGUGGAAUUUCAAAUACGACCGAUUUGGAAUUGAUUAAAGGAUUAAAUAGGAGUAAGUAUGUUUCGGUGCUUAGACCUCCAGUAAGUGAUAGUUCAGCACCAGGAGCGAAUAAAAUCGACAAAGUCGAAUGGAAACAGGUAUUCGAUUUGUUAUGGAGUGAUCCCCAAUCGGUAAAGGGUAGCGCCCCGAAUAAAAUUCGUGGGGCCGGUUGUUAUUUCGGACCGGAUGUCACUCAAAACUUCCUAAAACGUUACAAAUUGAAAUUGUUAAUUCGAAGUCACGAGUGCAAAGCGGAUGGUUACGAAGUGAUUCACAACGAAAAAGUGAUCACGAUAUUUUCCGCAUCCAAUUACUACGAAUUGGGAUCGAACAAGGGGGCCUACGUGAAACUGGUAGGUUCGCAUAUGGACACGCAUUACGUUCAAUACACAGCAGCCACAUCGAAAACGAAAAAUUUGACCAUUACGCAACGAUUGGGCGUUAUCGAACGAUCGGCUUUACGAGAACUUAGAGGACAUAUUAUUUCAAAUAGGGAACGAUUGGAAUGCGAAUUUAAAAAAUAUGAUGUUAAUCAAAGCGGUUUCAUAACGAUAAGCGAGUGGUGUUCGGCAAUGUUAACAGCAACCGGAUUAUCAUUACCAUGGAGGAUAUUAAAGGAUAAAUUGGUUUUAGUGAACCCGGAUUCUGAAAGGGUCCAAUACGGGACGACGUUCGAUUUUCUGGAAGAGGGCGACUCAUAUCAAACUACUCCAACCGUUUCUGACACUCUCUACAGAAAUAAAUCAAAUUUAGAAGCUAUUUUUAGGAUAAUAGACAAAGAUGAUUCAGGUUCAAUAUCACUGGAAGAAAUGUUAGAUGCUUACGAUUUAAUAAAAGAACACAUCCCAACACCGAUAACAAAGGACCAAUUAAAAGACAUUUGUAGAAUGAUGGAUUUGAACAACGACGGGAUGGUCGAUUUAAACGAAUUUUUAGAAGCAUUUAGAAUAGUUGAUCCAGAACAGAAGUCCGAAGAACCAGCAGUAAUCCAACCUAAAAUAAAUUCUCCGUUAAAAACGUUUGCGCAGAUAGAUAAAUUUAUGGAUGAAACGCCGAAUGUGUCUCCAUCGAAAACGGAUACCAAUGGAGCAAUAACAGGGGGCCAACAACAAACUGGGGAGGCGACUUCUACGCCUCGGAAUCAUUCCCUAAGAGGUGUUAAUAGGUUAAAAGAGGUGUCCAAAUCUAAUCCGAAUUCUCUUAGUACUCUUACUCAAUCACCUGUUUUAAGUAGUAGAAUAGUUCAUUAAAUUUUUUCCAUAAAGAUUAACUAAAAUAUAUAAGCUAAUGUUUAUUUAAAUUAGCGAUUAAUGCUGAUUUAAAUGAAAAUAUGCAUAUGUUAAAAAAUUAUAAUGAUGGUAUUAAUAAAUUUGUCAAUUUAAUCGUCUACUAUAUCUGUAUUAAAUGUAUACAAAUUUCUAUGAUAAAAAAACGUGUUUCUAUAAAUUGUAACAAUUUCGAAAUUAAAUGGGUCCAGGUUUUCUCAGUUAAAUAAUAUAUCAAUAAAUAAAUAAUAAAUAAAU